UGGGCAGGAAUGUCGUGGUGUGCAAAGAGGACUGGUGUGUUGAUGUUAUGUUUAUCCUGUACUGGCUGGUUGUGCUGGGGCCAGUCUAUAGGUCCUCCCAACCAAACAGUUUCAGCCAAUCAGGUGAUCUCUAUAAGAAGGCCAAGCCCCAGAAAGUUACAGUUGUUCAUUGAUAAACAAGAUACUGUGCCACAACAUCAUAGAGCCUAUCAUCCCUUCAGUUUGUCGGUGAAAGAAAGCAGACAGAACAUUAUUGUAAGCCCCUUCCCACACAAUAUACCACAGAUUGUGUCUCGCUAUGACAUCAUAGUGAUUCUGGAGGUGGUGGAUAAGAGAGAAACUUCAGUGAAAAAGUUCCUGGAGGAAUUAAAUAUGGCCAAUAAGAAGCAACACUACACUCUGCAAAUCAGCUCUCGUCUGGGAAGAGACAGAUACAAGGAGCAGUUUAUGUUUCUGUACAGGGAUGACUUGGUGGACUUGGUUGGUUCCUGGCAAUAUGACGACAACCAGGUUGGAGAUGUGGACGCCUUCGCCAGGGAGCCUUACAUUCUCCGCUUCAAAUGUCUCAACACUGUGCUGGAGGACUUGGUACUGAUCCCAGUGCACACCAAGCCUGACGAUUCAGUGAAGGAGCUGGAUGAGCUUUAUGAUGUCUUCCUGGAAGUGACAAAGAAAUGGAAGACUGAUAACGUUAUGAUCCUAGGUGACUUCAAUGCAGACGGUUCCUACCUUUCUAAAAAGGCCAUGAAAGCCAUCCGUAUCCGCAGUGACAAAAAGUUCCACUGGCUGAUUGAAGAUGAUGUGGAUACCACAGCAAACACAGGCAACGAUAACACUUAUGACAGGAUUGUGAUCUAUGGGGAUGACAUGCUUGACGCCGUCGUGCCAAACUCUGCCAAACCAUUCAACUUCCAGAUCGCUUACGGACUUUCUGAAGAAGAUGCCCUGAAAGUGAGCGACCAUUACCCUGUGGAGGUAGAGCUGAAAAGGAAAACACCAACAGAACAGAGCUCUGCGACUGGGAAAUAGAACCCUGUACAUGGACAGGAUGGAGGAAGUGAGUGAAGAGGUGAUGGAGAAGAAGCCUUAUCCAACCAGAGAAGCUGAAUUUAGAGAUACUGGUGCUGAAGAUGCGGAUGGUCAAGCUUAGGAACACUUACGUUGAUCUGUGAUUCAAUCUUACCACAAUACUAGUCAUAUUAAUAUUGUAUAUCAUAUUUGUAUGUCUAGUAUAGCUACUGAUCUAAUACUGAUGUGUAUCUUGACAGAAUCUCAAAUAAAGAUGAUGGAGUGAAAA